AGAACCAACAGGACGAUCUCUCCAUCAGAGCUUCAGUGUCUGCUGUUUCUGCUUUCAGUCACCUCAGUGUCACCUUUGACCUUUGACCAUCAUGACUGGUCCAGCCGCUGAAACCCAGACGGGGCGCUACUCUAAGCCGGUCCCAACCUCCAACCUGUCAUAUACAGACAACGUUCCAGAAUUUGAACCUUUUGAAGGUGUUGCUGAAUCUGAGGCCACGCCCAGAGGGUUUGCACCUGACGGAGUGGCCCUGGACGUGCAGAACAUCAACAUGUGCCAGGACAUCAACAAGCCGAAGCACUACACCACCGACUACAACACCCCGAACCUGGUGGUCCGGCGUGGUCGGGAGUUUGUGAUGCGGGUCACCUUCAACCGCCCGCUGGUGGUGGGAGAUGACUUCCACAUCGAGUUCCAGAUUGGCUCUGACCCCUCACCCAAUAAGGGCUCAUUGGUGAUGGUGAACUUCGGUAACCGCGUCAACGGUCUGUGGUCGGGCCAGAUUCUGGAGUCACAAGGUCAGUGCGUGACGUUCGGCAUCACCCCGACCGCCAACGCCAUCGUGGGGAAGUUUCAGGUGUAUGUGGCCAUCUCCAGGGGCAAUGGCAUGCAGCGCACCAAGAGGGAUGCCGCCACCGAUAUGUACCUGCUGUUCAACGCCUGGUGUCCAGAGGACCAUGUGUUUCUUCCUGAUGAAGCAGAAAGGCAGGAGUACGUUCUAAAUGAUGAAGGAGUGAUCUACCAGGGUUCAUCUGACUCUGUGACAGAGCGUCCAUGGACUUAUGGGCAGUUUGAGCGCGGCAUUUUGGACGCCUGUAUCUUUGUCCUGGAUGCGUCUCAGAUGCCGAUCUACGACCGAGGCAACAUCGUCAAGGUGGUCAGGGUCGGAUCUGCCAUGAUGAACUCCCAGGAUGAUAAUGGUGUGAUGGUUGGGAACUGGAGCAAUGACUACUCCAUGGGCAAGCCCCCAACAUCUUGGACAGGCAGCACCAAAAUCCUGCUGCAGUACGCCAACACUGGAGUCCCGGUGUGUUUCGCUCAGUGCUGGGUGUUCGCUGGAGUCUUCAACACCUUCCUCAGAUGCCUUGGCAUCCCAGCAAGGGUCAUCACCAACUACAACUCAGCUCAUGACAACACGGGCAACCUGAAGACCGACCUCAUCUUCAACGCUGAUGGCACGCCAGACAGACGCAACACCAGGGACUCCAUCUGGAACUACCACUGCUGGAACGAGGUGAUAAUUAAGCGUUCAGAUUUGCCGCCCGGCCUGGAUGGAUGGCAGGUGGUUGAUGCCACGCCUCAGGAAACCAGUGACGGAUAUUUCCGCUGUGGUCCAGCCCCAGUCAUUGCCAUCAAGGAAGGUCAGCUGUGUUACCCGUUUGACUGCGGCUUUGUCUUCGCUGAGGUGAACAGUGACGUGGUCUUCCUCAAGAGGGAUAAGUACGGGAAUCUGACUCCCUUCAAAGUGGACAAGACUUACAUUGGAGAGAAGAUCUGCACCAAAGCUGUGGGCAGCCAACAAGCAAUGAACAUCACAGACACCUACAAGUUCCCUGAAGGGAGCACAGAAGAUGAGGCGUCCAUGGCCCGGGCGGAAGAGUACGGCUGUGAGAGGGAUCACAGUGAGACGCCUGAUACUAACAUGACCGUCACCAUCAGCGUGGAGCCGUGUGAUAUCGGUCAGGACAUGCAGCUGACGGUGACCUUCAAGAACAACAGUAACAUCCUCAGAACCGUGCAGGCUCACCUGGACUGUGACAUCAUUUUCUACACCGGGGUCGUGGCCAGUCACUUCAAAGAUAUCCCCUUCAAUGCCACAGUGCUGCCCUACCAGAGUUAUAGUGUGCCUUUUAAGAUCCCAGCUUAUGAAUACCAGGACCAGCUGAGCUCGCAGACCUGCGUGCGCUUCAUGGUGACCGCACAGUCUGGCAACAUUCAUCUGCUCGACUUCAAGGUGGUCGAGCUGCAGACCCCGAGCGUCAAAGUGAUGUUGAGCGGGGAGCCUCAGCUGAACCAGGAGAUGGCUGUCAAAGUCGAAUUCACCAACAUUUUCAGCUUUCCUCUGCGUGGCGUCACUCUGUCCCUGGAGGGAGCUGGACUCAUAGCACCAAAGACCAAAUACUACAGAGAGAUAGCUUCUCAGACCACCAUCAGCUGGCAGGAGGUGUUCACCCCUCGGCUGCCCGGACUGCGCCGCAUCACAGCGCUGAUAGACUGCCAGGAAGUCCGUCAGGUGUCUGGAUUUGCCGAGGUCAGCAUCCCUUACCCUGCGAGAUAAUCAUCAUUCCCACCAAUCAGCACCGCCUCUGGAUGAGUGGGUGGAGCCAAGAAAGAGCACCAAUUACUGCUUUAAUGACUGCUUUUUAUAAAUCAGUGCAGAAAUCAACCUAAACUUUAUUCCACAGAUUUGGAGGUUUGUGGCACUUUUUAAGAUGAGAAUCUGGUCACCCUUAAAUUCAC